AUGGAUCUGAAACUAGAGGCAAAUAAAGAACAUAAACAGUUGGUGGGCGAAGAUGAUGAAUGUUGGAAGAAUGUAGACAACAAGAAAAGUCCUGAGGAUAUGCUGAAUGAGAUACAAAUGCAGAAAACUCAUGAACUCUACUGCUCAAAAUGUUUUCACAACAUCACAAAAACUGCUAAACUCUUUAAAAAGAAGAGAGAAGCGAGUUCUCCUUACAAUGAAGAUAAAUUCAUAUGGUGGUUUGUUAUAGUUUUCUCCUUCAAGUACCCUUUCAUCUACCUUCCAUGGUUAUAUAACAACACUCCAGGAGAUGUUACAGAUAUCAAGGGUCGUCUAAAGCCACAACAUGUUUCAGAUGUUGACGAUAUACCUGUCCCACCUUCUCCACCACUGUUACUACCAAAGUCACAUACCGAUAAAACUUUAAUCUCUGCACCCAAUUUUCCUGCAGAAGACGUUUCAAAGAUCCAAGGUAAUCUGAAACCACAAGAUCCUGAUAUUGUAGAAGACGAUAAACCUGUUUUGCCACCGAUAAAGAACAAAGGAGAUGUUACAGCGAUCAAGGGUCGUCUAAAGCCACAACAUGUUUCAGAUGUUGACGAUAUACAUGUCCCACCUUCUCUGCCACCAUUACUACCACAGCCACAUACCAAUGUUUCAGAGAUCCAAGGUAAUCUAAAAUCACAUGGUUCUGAUGUCUCGCCACCGAUAAAGAACAAAGGAGGCUGCUGGGUUCCCUUGGACAAAGAUUUCCCAAGUAACAUUGUCCUUUUUCUUAUCUCGUUGCUGCUGUCAUUGGCCAUUCUGGCUCUGUGCUGGUCUUUCAUUUCCCGUACCAAGGGGAAAAAAUCUGAAAGUGUUGCAAAUUUACCAAAUAUGGAAAUUUUACAAAACGGUGAAGCGCAGAUUUCUACAAGAAAACCAGGUCUUUCUACUCCAGGAAACAAAACAAAUGGUCGGUCAGAUACAGAGACAAAGAUCUCGCCACCUUUCUUGUGGAAACACAUUGUGGUUCUAGUUCAAAUUGUCUUACAAACAGAGCUAGACAUCUUGAAGAGUAUUGUGUACGGCGGACUAAUUGAGUCCAUCACAAGCUUCGGUGUUGUAUCAUCCGCUUCUGCAUCAGGAACUUCAACUCUCCACGUUAUUUCCUUAGGGCUAGCCAAUUUAUUCAGUGGCCUUUGUAUCAUCAUUUACAACCUAUAUGGACUCGUAACGUCUAAACCAAUUUAUCCAUAUGCCAAAAUUGGUCAUAUGACGGAUGAGAAAGCAACAGAUCCCUACGAGGAACUGUUGGGAAACAGAAACAAUGUCAUACUCCAUUGUAUCGUUGUUGUUGUUUCAUUCAUCUUCUUUGGUGUGAUCCCUCCUCUCUUGUACAGAUUCUCUUACAAGAUAACUGACAAUGGACGACACUAUGAAGCUGCCAUUGUCAUUGCUGCAUCUCUUGUCUGCGUCACCUCUCUCUCAUUUGCCAAAGCUUACGCCUUCGGCAUGGAUAAAAUCAAGACAGUGGCUGUAUACACCGGAAUAGCAAUUGGGGGAUCUGCACUUUCUCUUAUUGCAACCCAAUACGUUAGAGAUCUGCUGGAGAUGAAUGAGUUUCUUAAGCUUGCCUCUGAUUACCCUUAA